AUGGGACUUCAAAGCAGCUGGCUCUUAAGUGAGAAAAUGAUGGCAAAGGUUCUUGCUAGGAACAUGAGUGACAGCCGGGAAAGAAGAGGACACUGCUGUGGGUUGCAGCUGGGGGGAGCAUAUCUACCAAAUAGAAACCUUGGACAUCAAGUGUUUGAAGUGAGCCUUUCCAAGAUCACUCAACUUUUUUCUUUCUUUUUUGUAGUUGCAUUAAAAUCUAAUGCUACAAGACCAGAAAGGAAUGGUAUUCAGGAAAACUGUAGAACAGCAAAACGUGGAGAAGGGAUGCAGAUCCUCGAAGGAGAACUGUUACUGCAGGCACUAAACGGUUUUGUAUUAGUUGUUACGGCUGAUGCUCUGGUUUUUUACGUCUCUUCUACUAUCCAAGACUACUUGGGGUUCCAACAAUCUGAUAUCAUACACCAGAGCGUAUUUGAAUUGAUUCACACAGAAGACAGACCUGAGUUUCAACGACAGCUACAUUGGGCAUUAAAUCCUGCCCAGUCUGCAGAUUCUGGACCAAGCGUACAAGGAGAUAAUGGCUUUUCACAGCCAGCAACCUAUUAUAACCCAGACCAACUUCCUCCAGAGAAUUCUUCCUUUAUGGAAAGGAAUUUCAUCUGCAGGUUACGAUGCCUCCUGGAUAAUUCAUCUGGGUUCCUGGCUAUGAAUUUUCAAGGACGAUUAAAGUUUCUCCAUGGACAAAACAAGAAAGGGAAAGAUGGUGCUACUUUGUCUCCUCAGCUCGCUCUGUUUGCAGUAGCUACUCCCCUGCAGCCACCAUCUAUCCUUGAGAUACGAACCAAAAACUUCAUCUUCAGAACUAAACACAAACUGGAUUUCACUCCUACUGGCUGUGAUGCAAA